AUGUCGUGGAUUGGGAAUGGGUACGCUGGAUGCUGCGGCAGUAAUGGCUGUCAGAUCUACACGACAUGCCUGGAAAACACAUCAACGAGCGAUGACCUCGCCAGGAUCUGCACCGGCUCCAAGAGCGCGUGCGUCACUUACACCUGGUCUCCGCAGUCGUACGUCUACUACACUUGCGCCGAGUCCAGGACCACCAUCCCCGUCUCGAUGGACACAAUUACCGGCACGCGGCCCCCAGAGAGUGGAACUUCAACCUAUAGCACAGCCCGUUCGACCCGCAGUGACGGGACGGGAGCUCCUCAGCCAACGUCCUCUGGUGACGGCUCGCCUGGGCUGGGUCUCGAAAGCGACUUGGGAGCCCAAGAGAGAAUGAAAGCCGCCGUAGGGUCGGCAAUCCUAGGGGGCGUCCUGCUCGGAUCCUUUCUGCUGUUCGGUUGCUUCUUUAACCCGCCAGGAUCGGAUGGGGCUAACGAAGAGAACGAGAACCAGCCUUCGCCUCCUCCCAGCGAGAACGCCGGGCUUCUAGGGAGUGGGCAGGAGAUGCACACCCCGGUAUCUACCGUAUCGCCUUCUACCGUGUCGGAGGGCAUAUUCUACGGACAGCAGCCGAUAUAUCUCGGGAGCGGCCAGGAGAUGCAUACGCCUAUGGCUACCAAACCGGAGGCUAGAUUCUACCAGCAGCAGCCAGUUGUCUAUAGCCCACAGAGAGAGUAUGCCUGA